AUGCCCGACAUCUUCGCUGUCCCAGUCUUCUUCAUUGUCUUCAGAGAGACGCUCGAGACGAGUAUCGUUGUCUCGGUCUUGCUCUCCUUCCUGAAACAACAACUGGGCCCUGAACGAGACAAGGACGUGUACAGGAAACUCCGCAACCAAAUCUGGUAUGGCACACUGAUAGGGUUCGUCAUUUGUUUGAUGGUCGGUUGCGGCCUCAUCGGCGCCUUCUAUGGCAUUGGGAAGGACAUGUGGGCCUCAGCCGAGUAUAUCUGGGAAGGUGUCUUUGCUCUCAUUGCCGCCCUGGUCAUUGCGGUCAUGGGCGCUGCUCUCUUGCGCGUUUCCAAAAUGCAGGACAAGUGGCGUCUCAAACUCGCCAAAGCCCUCGAGGCCAAGGACAACAAGAACGAAAGACUCGGCAACCGGUUCAAGCUGUGGGCGGAGAAGUAUGCCAUGUUCCUGCUGCCCUUCAUCACGAUCCUUCGUGAAGGUCUCGAAGCCGUCGUGUUUGUGGGUGGCGUCAGUUUAGGUCUGCCUGCCAGUUCGAUCCCGCUAGCCACGGUUUGCGGCUUAGCUGCUGGCUGCGCUGUAGGCUUUUUCAUCUACAAGGGCGGCAAUAGGGCUCCAUUGCAGGUCUUCCUCAUCGUGAGCACCUGCUUUCUCUACCUCGUGGCUGCCGGCCUCUUCUCCCGGGGUGUUUGGUAUCUUGAAGCGGAUGCCUGGAACAAAGCCACCGGGGGCGAUGCCGCCGAGAAUGGCUCCGGCCCUGGGUCUUAUGACAUCCGGAAGAGUGUUUGGCAUGUCAACUGUUGCAAUCCAGUGUUGAACGGUGGUGGGGGCUGGGGUAUCUUCAAUGCCCUACUCGGCUGGCAAAACAGUGCCACUUACGGCAGCGUUAUCAGCUAUAUUGUCUUCUGGACCGUGGUCGUUGUUAGUCUCAUCUUGGUGAGAUUCAAGGAAUCCAGAGGCCAUUAUCCUUUUAUGACGACCAAAGCGACCAACGCCGUCCUCCUGAAGAAAAGGCAGACCGACGAUGCCACGAGUAUUACGGGUCUUCUUAGGUCGGAGGAAACCCGGAGCAACGCGUGA